AUGGUGGGAACGCUGCUUCUGCUUGGUGAGCAGGGUGCCUUUGAAGAUGAGACCUUGAAGCUUCGGCAGCUGAAACUGGAUAAUCAGAGAGCACUGCUGGAGAAGAAGCAGAGGAAAAAGCGCCUUGAGCCACUCAUGGUGCAGCCAAACCCAGAAGCCAGACUGUGCCGCUCAAAGCCAAGAGGUAGUGAGGAGCAAACGCCUUUAGUGGCACCUCAUACCCCUCACAAUGAUGUCAUCCUACAUGGCAUUGAUGGUCCAGCUGCCUUCCUGAAGCCAGAUACCCAAGAUUUGGAAACCAAACUUCAUGUCCUGUCAGUAGGCUCUUCUGCUACAGAAGAGGACACUGAAGGAAGCAUUGAUGGGGAAAGCACAUUGGAUAUGGCUUCCAAGCCAGAUCUUCAGGAGAUUCUCCAAAAACAUGGUAUCUCAGGGAGUUUGAACUUCGAUGAGGAGGAUACUGAUGGGGAAGAAGAAGAAGGGAAAAAGUUAAGAUCUCAUUCACCACAUCCAGAAACAGAAAGACCCAAUUCUGCUUCUAGCCAGAAGUCAACGACAGAUACAGGAGCUUCCAGUACUGCAGCCCAGCAGGCUGAUUGCCAGCUGGGAGAGGUGGAGAAUUUAGAGGAGUUUGCAUAUAGUCCUGCCCCUCGAGGUAUCACCGUAAAAUGUCGGAUAACCAGGGAUAAAAAAGGAAUGGACCGGGGUCUCUUCCCCACCUAUUAUAUGCACUUGGAAAAAGAUGAAAAUCGGAAGAUAUUUCUUCUUGCAGGCAGAAAGCGGAAAAAGAGCAAAACAUCCAACUACCUUAUCUCCACUGAUCCAACAGAUUUGUCUCGGGAAGGAGAAAGUUAUAUCGGCAAACUCAGAUCAAACCUCAUGGGGACCAAGUUUACAGUUUAUGACCAUGGAGUCAGCCCAGCCAAGGCCCAAGGCCUGGUAGAGAAGGCCCACACCCGGCAGGAGCUGGCCGCCAUUUGUUAUGAAACAAAUGUACUUGGAUUUAAAGGCCCUAGGAAAAUGUCUGUGAUUGUUCCAGGGAUGAAUAUGAAUCAUGAACGGAUACCGUUUCGGCCACGAAAUGACCACGAGAACUUACUUUCCAAAUGGCAAAGCAAAAUGAUGGAGAACUUGAUUGAACUACACAACAAGGCCCCUGUCUGGAAUGAUGACACUCAGUCCUACGUCCUGAACUUCCAUGGCCGGGUCACUCAGGCAUCUGUGAAGAACUUUCAGAUUGUCCACGAAAAUGACCCUGACUACAUAGUCAUGCAGUUUGGACGUGUAGCAGACGACGUGUUCACACUGGACUACAACUACCCAUUGUGUGCACUUCAGGCCUUUGCCAUCGGGCUUUCUAGCUUUGACAGUAAGCUGGCAUGUGAAUGA